AUGGACGACGAAAAGAGACCGGUUGAUUCACUUCCAAGUGGCACAGAAUCCAGCCAGGACUCCCCUGACCUGGAAGGCCACCAUGUGCUCGGGCAGGAGAUCUCCCACGUCGAAUCUGUCUGGGUGGCAGAUGGGCUCCCUCUCAUGCGCGAGGCGGCCAUGGUCUUUGUAGUCUGCAUGGCCCAGUUCACAACCCAGUCCGCAUUUCUGGCAACACUGGUUUUGCUUCGCGAAAUCGGCAGCAGCUUUGGGGUCGAGGACCCGCCCAGCCUUGCGUGGUUGGUAGCUGGCUUCUCCCUCACUAUUGGAACCUUCAUCUUGUUCUCCGGCCGGCUGGGAGAUGUCUUUGGCUACAAGCGAAUGCUCCUCAUCGGAUUUGGCUGGUUCUCCAUCUGGUCGAUAGUAGCGGGCCUGAGCGUAUACUCGAACUACAAACUGGCCGUAGUCGCCCGCGUUUUCCAGGGAAUCGGCCCCGCCAUCACCCUGCCCAAUGGUGUUGCCAUCUUCGGUGCAUCCUACCCGCCCGGCCACCGUAAAGCCAUGGUCUUCGCCUUCUUCGGAGCCGUCGCCCCCAUCGGAGCUAUCUUUGGAGGCUUGUUCGGGUCCCUGCUGAGCCUCGUCUGGUGGCCCUGGGCCCAAUGGGUUCUGGCCAUCUGGCUCUUGGUCCUCCUGGUUCUCGGCCAUUUCGUUGUUCCUGAGAUCCCACGCAAGCACUCGCUCCCCACCGGAUGGAAAGACUGGGUGGUCUCGCUGGACCUUCCAGGAGCCGUCGUUGGAGUGGCCGCGCUUAUUCUCUUCAACUUCGCGUGGACCCAGGCACCAAUCAGCGGCUGGGUCACACCCACCGCGCUUGUGCCCCUCAUCCUUGGUCUUGUGCUCUUCGCCGUCUUUGGUUACAUCGAGUUCCGGCUGAGUCCCCAGCCGCUGCUUCCAUUCGAUGCCGUCACUGUUGACACAGCGUUUGUGCUGGCCGCUCUGGUCUGUGGCUGGGCCACCUUUGGCAUCUGGACGCUGUACCUUGUCCAGAUUCUCCAGGAUAUUCGCGGUCUUUCGCCGCUUCUGACUAUCGGAUGGAUGUCCCCCGUCACCAUUGUUGGCGCCUUGGCUGCAGUUGUGACGGGCAAAUUACUUGGACCCUGGCAGGUCCGGCCGUCAGUGGUUAUGACCAUGGCUCUUACAGCAUUUACAAUUGGUGUGAUUCUCACCGCCACGGCGCCCACAGACCAGAUAUACUGGGGCCAGAUCUUCUUUGCGAUUCUGGUGAUGCCGUUUGGCAUGGAUAUGAGUUUCCCCGCGGCCACACUGAUUCUAUCCAACAUCGUCGCAAAACACCACCAAGGCGUUGGCGCGAGUCUGGUCAACACGGUCGUCAACUACGGCAUCGCGUUGGGUGUGGGAUUCGCUGGUACCGUUGAGGUCCAUGUCCACGGCACGGCUUCAACGCCGGAAGAAAAGCUGAGAGGGUACCGGGGAGGCCUCUGGAUGGGUGUUGGGCUCGCUGGUGCGGGAAUGAUGAUUUGCAUUGUUUUUGUUCUGAGGGACUUCUUGAUUAAGCGGAAAAAUUGA